ACCUCAUGAUAGGCGCUAAUGUAAAUCCACGGAACCGAGCGCGAAACAACGUUUCACGUCUCUUUCCAUCUUCAUUCACAUAUAGCCGGUAUGAAUCUGUUUCUUUACAAGUAGACACUGUUGAAGACAGCACUCGUCCAAUUUAACAUGGUGUCAUUCUUACCAGUGGUGAUCUUUCUUACCUGCUGCUGCAAUACAAUUUCUUUCACCUUUCUUCAAGGACAGAAACCUCAUGGUUCUCUUUUGCGUCUUCAAAAUCCGGAGGCCAUGCCAAGUCGACUGGGCGCCUUACCCCUAUCCAUCGGAGAAAGCGGGGCAACGCUUGACACUGGCUUUAAUGGUUUUCAAUUGUUGGGUUUGGAGGGGCCAAGUUCGUUCCCAACGCUUGCCCUACUUGUUAGAAGUGCCAUAGCAAUAGUGGUUGUUGCUGUUUUCCAAGGGAUUCUUGGAAUUUUGAACUAUCGACGCAACUUUGGUGAAGCCCCAAUCCCACGGAUCCCAAGCCACGGUAUAGUUGUCGUUCAUCCUGAGGAUAGCCUACAAAUUGCACCCGAAGAGUCGCUAAAAAUCCUACGGAAGGCCAGCAACCAAGAUGUGCUUCGUCUUUUAGUAAUUGGAGACUCUCUUGCUGUUGGCGUUGGGCAAUCGCAAUCCUGCACUCAAAUAAUGCCAGAGGUAAUCGCUAAAACAAUCUCAAAAAAGCUUGGCGGGCGAGCUGUUUUUUGGACAUGUCACGGCGAGCCGGGAGCUUCUGUUGGCUGGUUGGUUCGAGAACUAGAAUGCGGUGUAAAAUAUCGAACCUUUGAAGAUCACGUCAACGACAGCUCUCCUAUGUCGGGCACCAUCAAGAGCGACGACAUCGUUGUCUCAGGUAUGAUUAAUUCAGAAGAUACUGCUAAUGUUACACCGUGGAAGCAGUUGCUUGAGCACCAUCGCAAUCAAUUUGACCCUGAAUUUCUUGAACCCUAUGACAUUACAGUCGUUUUGACUGGCCCAAACGACAUUAAAUCUGCAUUUUUCCCGUUUCUUCUUCUGGGGGAGGAUAUUGAGCUUCGCCAACAAGCUCGAAGACGAGGUGGGAACUUCGACAACGAGCUGCAACGACUAAUUGAAGCGCUGAAUCUUAAAGUGCGAAAUGAGUUCCAAGGGCUGAGGAAAACAAUGUCAAAUGCCACGGAGACGGUUCGAGUGUCGUUGGGAUCAGUAGCUUCGUCAAUGCGAAGCUCUUCGGAGACUUCCAUGGGUUCCAUAGAUUCAGUUCAAGUUAAACGCUCGGACUCAGAUUUGUUCUAUGAUCAUGCCCCAAUUUUGCCAUUUGAAGAAAGAGUAAAUGUGUGUUUCCCUAUCGUAGUACUACCCGGAAUGCCUGCUAGAGCUCUUCCAGCUCUCCGAGAUAUUCCUCUCCGAUGGUUGACAGUCCCAGUCCUCGAUCUUAUGGACUCCCACAAGCACCGAUUGGCUACCAAGCGACCAGCUGAAGUGCUUUUCAUUGCUUCGCCGCCUGUGCAACAAAUUGAUCAAUACGUUCAACAUGAAGGUAGCAUUUGGGCAGAAAAUCAGCGAGAGGCGACUAUCCUGGCCCUCCGUAAAAUUUCAUCAACAGACUGUGAUUUUAUUCAACAAAGUAUGAAGCAUUUUUAUGGCGAAUCUUCGAAGUGCUCAGCGCAAGUGCCAAAGAGACGACUUACCAUGUUUGCAACAAACUAUCCACGGGAGGAUGCUUUCUCUGCAGAUACAAUUCACCCAAAUGAACUUGGCUACGAUUUCUGGGGUAGAGUUAUUGGCAAUGGGAUAUACAGCUCUAUCAACGAAACUUUGAGAAACAACUUCUAAUGUAAAAGAAAAUUGAUCUACUAUCUUGUUCCUAGAAGCGAAAUCUUCAAAUGAUCUGUCAAUAGUGUAUUGACAUGAUAAGCAACAUGGAGAGGAUUUGU